AUGACUGUGCUGGACCUGUGGCUGACCCGCUCUGUCCCCAUGUGCCUGCUGCUCCAAAGCCUGGUCCUCAUGGCCGUGUGCUUUCACCCCGCCAGCAUGUGCCCCAAGGGCUGCACCUGCGUCCACGGCGACGGCCUCAACGUCACCUGCGGCCACGCCCAGCUGAAAGAGAUCCCGCUGGACCUGCCCCCGGACACCGCCCUGCUCUGGCUCGACCACAACCAGAUCACCUCCAUCCCCGACCAGGUCUUCAAGGAGCUGCACCUCCUGCGGGAGCUCAACCUGUCCCACAACGCCAUCGGGACUCUGGGCGAAAACGCUUUCAGGGGCCUGGAGAGCAACCUGCUUGUGCUGGACCUGUCGUACAACAGGAUCACCACCGUGCAGAAGGACGUGUUCGCGCUGCUCAAGGCCCACGUCAACAUGGACAACAACCCGUGGCACUGUGACUGCACUCUGCAGCAGGUGCUCAAGGGCAUGGCCUACAACCACGAGUCCGCCAGCCGGCUGCUGUGCAAGAGCUCCGAGCUGCACGAGCACGGUCCGCCCCGGCCUUUCCUCGCCAUCGACGCCGACCUCUGCAACCUGGCCAAGCGCACCACCGACUACGCCAUGCUGGUCACCAUGUUCGGCUGGUUCACCAUGGUCAUCUCCUACGUGGUGUACUACGUGCGGCAGAACCAGGAGGACGCUCGCAGGCACCUGGAGUACCUGAAAUCCCUCCCCAGUAAACAGAAGAAGCCAGAUGAGGGGGAUGACAUCAGUACUGUGGUAUGACAUGGACUAAGGGAUAGAAGAA